UGAUAGAGGUAACAGAACAUUCGAGAGAGAGAGAGAGAGAGAGAGAGGGAGAGGUGAAGCCCAUCUGAGAUACUUCCGGCGAUGGCGGAGAGGUCAGAGGAGACGCUGAUAGAGAAGAUUGCGGGGAAGGUCCAUGGCAGCGAUUCUUCCUCCGAUUCGGUACAUAACAAGCCGAAGGCGUCAGAAUCGUCCUUGAAGGCCAAAAUCUACGGCCUUUUCGGCAGGGAAAGGCCAGUCCACAAAGUCCUCGGUGGCGGAAAGCCGGCUGAUUUAUUCUUAUGGAGGGACAAGAAAGCCUCAGCUGCAGUACUUGGUGGAGCUACUGUAAUCUGGGUAUUGUUUGAGCUGAUGGAAUACCAUCUGCUCACUUUGGUCUGUCAUUGCCUCAUUCUCUCUCUGUCCAUCUUGUUCUUUUGGUCUAAUGCAACAACCUUUAUCAAAAAGUCUCCGCCACAAAUUCCUCAGUUAAGCAUUUCUGAAGAUCUGGUUGUGAACAUUGCUCGUUCUCUUAGAUUUGAGAUCAAUCGUUCACUUGCUAUCUUACGAGAGAUUGCAUCUGGACAUGAUCUAAAGAAGUUUCUUGCUGUGAUUGCAGGAUUUUGGGUUCUCUCAAUUAUUGGGAGCUGCACCAGCUUCCUGACUAUAUUUUACAUAGUAUUCGUUCUUCUGCAUACGGUGCCAUAUGUGUAUGAGAAAUAUGAGGACAAAAUAGAUUUCUAUGGUGAAAAGGUAAUGAUAAAAAUCAAGAAACUAUAUGCAGUUUUUGAUGCUAAGGUUCUUAGCAAAAUUCCAAAGGGUCCAUCUAAGGACAAAAAGCACUAGGAAAGCUUCCUUUGGCUCUUAAUUGCCAAAGCUUCUAUUGGAUGUCAAUUUUCAAGGAUGAUGGUGUUUGUCUACAUGUUAUUGAUCACAACCUAUCUCGUCAAGAGUGCCUAGAAUUUUUUGAUGGGAUGUUAUUAAUAUUUGAUAAAAAAUGUAAGGAUUUUUUUCCUUAUGAUAUUCUGUAUAUUGUUGUUACUGUGCUUAUUUAUAAAAUUUAUCUAUAUUUGAUGUCA